AUGACCGAAGGCAUUGGUUUCCAAUCAAAUUUCUCCUGUAGCCACUCGGUCGUACUCCCUCAUCCUAUAUCUGAAGUUUUUACUACUAUCGGAACGACGCAAGGCCACGAACGCGUUUGUCGCCUAUCUAAGCUAUGCACCAACUUCGAGCUCUUAAACUCUGAUACCGUCUCGCUCCCUGCCAAAGCUGCUCUUUCCGAUAGCCACGUCAGGACACUGCCUACCUCUGACUCUAGAACGGCUGAAGCACAAAACGCGUCGGAGGAUACACGUACGCUUCCCCGUCAGGCCUUUACUAUGACCGAGACUAUUCCGCUAGUAUUUGGUCUGUUCAAGAACGACGUGAUUUUGAAUGGAACUUUGACCUGGGAUGAAUCUACGAAACUGGCGCUAUACGAAACCGAGUCCAACAAUGGAGUCCAGGUCUGGAAACUUCGGACAUUUGAAGAGGUCGACGCGAAUUCCACUAGAGUUUCUGAGCGUAUUGAAGGCGUUUGUCCGCGUUGGCUCAGGGCUAUUGUUCAAAGGGAGGCUUCAAAAGGACAUAUUGCGCAUAUGAAUGAGUAUUAUACAUUGUUCUAA